AUGGCGGUGGAGUGUCUGAGAUCGGAGGAUGUCCAUAUCGAGUCCGAAGACGAUGUCGUCCAAAGAUGCAGACCGAAUAACAGCAGCGCAGCAGACACUCGACAGUGGGUCUCUCCACAAUCGCUCUCGUGGGCUGUCAGGGUAACUUACUGGUGGGACACGACAGCCCUCUUUGACAUCUCCCAGCUGUUGAACACUCAGCUGGACAAGGAAACGCUUGCUACCUGUGUCGGGAUGAUCGAAGGCGGGGUUAACCCCGAAGCACUGGCAAGGCCCUUGCGAGACAUCCGGCGCAGGUCGACAGCGCAGGGCGGCCCAGGCGCUCUUAUCCUCGAUCCUGAUCUUCCCAACCCGUCCUCCCCGACGUCGCCCACCUCAACCUACUGGUCUGCUGAAGUAACCCAACACCUCGUCGAUGGCGACUCAAGUAGUGGCUCUCAUGAGGACAGUGGUAGCUCAGAAGAACGGAUAGUUGCCUCUGACGAUCCUUCUCAUCUCUUCUGGGUCCCCGCCCGUCUUCACCCAGAAAUUGCUCCUGCAGAGUUCCGCAACUUCCUCAAGGAACAUGCCCGCACGCCUCCACCGGAGGGCUCCACCACUGUCAGUCGUGCCAACUCUUUUGGACACGCUUCCUCCAGCCUCGAGAGAAGACGCUCGAUGCUCAGUAGACAGUAUAAGCCAUCUGAGAACGACGAUGUGGAAGAGGAAACCAUCGUUCCUAUCCAGCGGAGACGUUCCACCCUCAUGCACACUGGCCCUCAGCUUACUAUCAGCGACCUUCAACGACUAGAAGAACUGGCAGAAGAGGCGUCAAAAAGCGAUGAUCCGUCAAGGUUCAGGGCAGUCAUCAGGCGUUCGCUCAGUCUCAACAUAACACCUUCAGCCAUCGACAAAAUUGAUAACAUCGCAGACAUCCCUGAUGAAGCCGAUGCUCCCAUCGUCAUCCCUCCCCGCCCUCAGAUACUGCGCAGAGCAGCUCGGACAAAAAUUCGCAAAUCCGGUCAACCAGGCGAAGGAGCACCUCAUCGCUUCGGACCCGGUAGGCGACAUAGAGCUGCUACCGCAACGGAACCACGCACGUCCAGCGACCUCUCUUCCAAUGACCACACCUCUAACGACCUGGGCGAUAGUUCGGAACAGUUGACGCGACCUCGUGCGUUCUCCGUAGAACAUGUCAUCGCUAACGAUGUGCAGGCCUCUAAGAGACCCGAUUCGUUCAGCGAGGAGGCAUCUAUAUAUGACGCUUACGUUCGCGAGGAAGCAGACCUCGAUCUGAACCAGUUCGCCUCGUCCAUCGUCUCGCCACCACCUCCCCUCUCUCUAUCUCUGUCUACGGAAGGUCAAGAACCGCAUCCACCCUCAGAAAUCCAGGAGGUUCCCGUCCAGCCAAUUGUUUCUUUGCCCACGCCGGUGCCAGAAUUACAGCACCCGCAGCCACAGCGCCUUGCUGUUGCGACCACUGCGGACGAAAUUGCCCGUGCGGGUUCACCGGAUACUGCCACUCUUGCCCCGUCGACGGAGGAAACGCUAGUAACUACGCCUUCGGUCGAGUCAUUUUCCUCAACCAAGUCCAGUGCAGCUCCUAAGAAGGAAAAGGAUAAGAAGGGUAUUUUCAAAAAAUGGGGAAGUGACAAGAGUGCAAAGAAAUCGGGCAAGGACAGGGAACGUGAGAAGGAUUCACAACGAGAAAAGGAGAGUGGCUUUUUCGGAUCAUUAUUCGGGAAGAGAAAGCAAGACGAGGGGCAUGCGGGCCCUGGGUACAGCGGGUCGGGACGGGAUGCGGCGGCAGCACUUCUUGGUGCGUCCAAGUCCUCCAAGUCCCACCCACCCUCGCCAUCGCCGCAGCCUGGUCCCAUGGGCUAUGCCAGAUACCCUAUCCACGUGGAGCGUGCUAUCUAUCGGCUCAGCCAUAUCAAGUUGGCGAAUCCUAGAAGGCCGCUAUAUGAGCAAGUUUUGAUAAGCAACCUGAUGUUCUGGUACCUGGGGGUGAUCAAUAAGACACAGAAUCCAGCGCCAACUCAGGGUCCCCAGGUCCAGUCAGCAGCAACCCCCGUGCAGUCGUCAUCGGAGAAGGAGCAGGCGGAACAGGAGCGGUGUGAGGCGGAGGAGGGGCAGCGUAUUGAAAGAGAACGCUUAGAGGAGAGGCAGGAGCAGGAAAGGACCAAGGAAGUGCAGCCGCAGCAACAAAAGAAGGAUUCUCGGCGAGGUGCGUUGACGAAGCCAGCUCCAGGACAGCCAGGUGGGCGGCGAACCGCAGAAAUGCCUGUGAAAGGACCGCAGUACGAAAUGCAACAUCGAGUCAUGGAGCAAGAGUAUAACGCGCCAGGUUAUGUAUGCGGUGCAUCUGGCGGUGGGGGAACUCGUGUGCAUCGGCAGCCGAGUCCGCCGAAUCAUUCUCAACCCAUGGUUCAACCUGAUCCCUCAGCCUAUGCAUAUACCGGAUAUGGUUAUGGUGACGGCGACCCCCAGUAUGUACCACAGGGUGGUGUGCAGCCUAUGGCGCUUGACCCGUCGUGGUCACCGGUCAAUCCUGGGUCGUCACCGAUGCCAAAUACGCCGUCCUCUCAAUUACCCCACAAUGGCCUUGUUCAUCCCGACGGCGGAGUAGCACCACCGCCUCAGCAGCGUUCUCGUUCGCCGCCAUCGCAGAACCAUAACAGAUAUACUCCUGUCGCUACUGCCCCUGGUCGGCCACAGGGAGCCAAAGGACCAGGCCGCUCCGUGUCUGCUACGGUCGUCACUUCUCGGCCUUUAUCUCCGGAUGUAAGGCCUAGGAAGGCCGCGAGCGCUCGCGUGGUUCCUUCCGUAACGAAUGGGCAACCGCCAACGAGCAUUGAAUCGUCGCAAGCGCUACGUGGUGAGGAGGAAGACGUACCACUAGCAGUCUGGCAACAGCAAAGACGACGAUGA